AUGGGCACGCUGGCGACACGCUUCAUAUCUCGCGAGAGCCAGCUGACGCGAGACCAGCGCGAGGCGGCACGAUCUCCAACCCAGGAUCUGCACCCUCAGGAUCCCCACCCUCAGGAUCCCCACCCCAGGAUCUCCACCCCCAGGAUCUCCACCCUCAGGAUCCCCACCCCAGGAUCCCAACCCCCAGGAUCUCAAACCUCAGGAUCUCCACCCCCAGGAUCUCCACCCCCAGGAUCUCCACCCUCAGGAUCCCCCCCAGGAUCUCCACCCUCAGGAUCUCCACCCUCAGGAUCCCCACCCCAGGAUCUCCACCCUCAGGAUCCCCACCCCAGGAUCUCCACCCCAGGAUCUCCACCCUCAGGAUCCCCACCCCAGGAUCUCCACCCCAAGGAUUUCCACCCCCAGGAUCUGAUCUCCACCACCAGGAUCCCCACCCCAGGAUCUGCACCCUCAGGAUCUCCACCCCAAGGAUCUCCACCCCCAGGAUCUCCACCCCCAGGAUCCCCACCCCAGGAUCUCCACCCCAGGAUCUCCACCCUCAGGAUCCCCACCCCAGGAUCUCCACCCCCAGGAUCUCCACCCCCAGGAUCUCCACCCCAGGAUCCCCACCCCAGGAUCUCCACCCUCAGGAUCCCCACCCCAGGAUCUCCACCCUCAGGAUCCCCACCCCAAGGAUCUCCACCCUCAGGAUCUCCACCCCAGGAUCCCCACCCCAGGAUCUCCAUCCUCAGGAUCUCCACCCUCAGGAUCUCCACCCUCAGGAUCUCCACCCCCAGGAUCUCCACCCUCAGGAUCUCCACCCUCAGGAUCCCCACCCCAGGAUCUCCACCCUCAGGAUCCCCACCCCAGGAUCUCCACCCCAGGAUCCCCACCCUCAGGAUCUCCACCCUCAGGAUCUCCACCCUCAGGAUCCCCACCCCAGGAUCUCCACCCUCAGGAUCUCCACCCCAGGAUCUCCACCCUCAGGAUCCCCACCCCAGGAUCUCCACCCCCAGGAUCCCCACCCCCAGGAUCUCCAACCUCAGGAUCCCCACCCCAGGAUCUCCACCCUCAGGAUCUCCACCCCAGGAUCUCCACCCUCAGGAUCCCCACCCCAGGAUCUCCACCCCCAGGAUCCCCACCCCCAGGAUCUCCAACCUCAGGAUCUCCAUCCUCAGGAUCUCCCCCCCCCCCCCCAGGAUCUCCACCCUCAGGAUCCCCACCCCCAGGAUCUCCAACCUCAGGAUCUCCAUCCUCAGGAUCUCCCCCCCCCCCCCAGGAUCUCCACCCUCAGGAUCCCCACCCCAGGAUCUCCACCCUCAGGAUCUCCACCCCAGGAUCUCCACCCUCAGGAUCCCCACCCCAGGAUCUCCACCCCCAGGAUCCCCACCCCCAGGAUCUCCAACCUCAGGAUCCCCACCCCAGGAUCUCCACCCUCAGGAUCUCCACCCCAGGAUCUCCACCCUCAGGAUCCCCACCCCAGGAUCUCCACCCCCAGGAUCCCCACCCCCAGGAUCUCCAACCUCAGGAUCUCCAUCCUCAGGAUCUCCAUCCUCAGGAUCUCCCCCCCCCCCCCCAGGAUCUCCACCCUCAGGAUCCCCACCCCCAGGAUCUCCAACCUCAGGAUCUCCAUCCUCAGGAUCUCCCCCCCCCCCCCCCCCCAGGAUCUCCACCCUCAGGAUCCCCACCCCAGGAUCUCCACCCUCAGGAUCCCCACCCCAGGAUCUCCACCCCAGGAUCCCCACCCUCAGGAUCUCCACCCUCAGGAUCUCCACCCUCAGGAUCCCCACCCCAGGAUCUCCACCCUCAGGAUCUCCACCCCAGGAUCUCCACCCUCAGGAUCCCCACCCCAGGAUCUCCACCCCCAGGAUCCCCACCCCCAGGAUCUCCAACCUCAGGAUCCCCACCCCAGGAUCUCCACCCCAGGAUCUCCACCCCCAGGAUCUCCACCCUCAGGAUCCCCACCCCAGGAUCCCAACCCCCAGGAUCUCAAACCUCAGGAUCUCCACCCCCAGGAUCUCCACCCCCAGGAUCUCCACCCUCAGGAUCCCCCCCAGGAUCUCCACCCUCAGGAUCUCCACCCUCAGGAUCCCCACCCCAGGAUCUCCACCCUCAGGAUCCCCACCCCAGGAUCUCUACCCCAGGAUCUCCACCCUCAGGAUCCCCACCCCAGGAUCUCCACCCCAAGGAUCUCCACCCCCAGGAUCUGCACCCUCAGGAUCUCCACCCCAGGAUCUCCACCCUCAGGAUCCCCACCCCCAGGAUCCCCACCCCAGGAUCUGCACCCUCAGGAUCCCCACCCCAAGGAUCUCCACCCCCAGGAUCUCCACCACCAGGAUCCCCACCCCAGGAUCUCCACCCUCAGGAUCUCCACCCCAGGAUCUCCACCCUCAGGAUCUCCACCCCAGGAUCUCCACCCUCAGGAUCCCCACCCCAGGAUCUCCACCCCCAGGAUCCCCACCCCCAGGAUCUCCAACCUCAGGAUCCCCACCCCAGGAUCUCCACCCCAGGAUCUCCACCCCCAGGAUCUCCACCCUCAGGAUCCCCACCCCAGGAUCCCAACCCCCAGGAUCUCAAACCUCAGGAUCUCCACCCCCAGGAUCUCCACCCCCAGGAUCUCCACCCUCAGGAUCCCCCCCAGGAUCUCCACCCUCAGGAUCUCCACCCUCAGGAUCCCCACCCCAGGAUCUCCACCCUCAGGAUCCCCACCCCAGGAUCUCCACCCCAGGAUCUCCACCCUCAGGAUCCCCACCCCAGGAUCUCCACCCCAAGGAUCUCCACCCCCAGGAUCUGCACCCUCAGGAUCUCCACCCCAGGAUCUCCACCCUCAGGAUCCCCACCCCCAGGAUCCCCACCCCAGGAUCUGCACCCUCAGGAUCUCCACCCCAAGGAUCUCCACCCCCAGGAUCUCCACCACCAGGAUCCCCACCCCAGGAUCUCCACCCUCAGGAUCUCCACCCCAGGAUCUCCACCCUCAGGAUCCCCACCCCAGGAUCUCCACCCCCAGGAUCCCCACCCCCAGGAUCUCCAACCUCAGGAUCUCCAUCCUCAGGAUCUCCAUCCUCGGGAUCUCCCCCCCCCCCCCCCCAGGAUCUCCACCCUCAGGAUCCCCACCCCCAGGAUCUCCAACCUCAGGAUCUCCAUCCUCAGGAUCACCCCCCCCCCCCCCCCAGGAUCUCCACCCUCAGGAUCCCCACCCCAGGAUCUCCACCCUCAGGAUCCCCACCCCAGGAUCUCCACCCCAGGAUCCCCACCCUCAGGAUCUCCACCCUCAGGAUCUCCACCCUCAGGAUCCCCACCCCAGGAUCUCCACCCUCAGGAUCUCCACCCCAGGAUCUCCACCCUCAGGAUCCCCACCCCAGGAUCUCCACCCCCAGGAUCCCCACCCCCAGGAUCUCCAACCUCAGGAUCCCCACCCCAGGAUCUCCACCCUCAGGAUCUCCACCCCAGGAUCUCCACCCUCAGGAUCCCCACCCCAGGAUCUCCACCCCCAGGAUCCCCACCCCCAGGAUCUCCAACCUCAGGAUCUCCAUCCUCAGGAUCUCCAUCCUCAGGAUCUCCCCCCCCCCACCCCAGGAUCUCCACCCCCAGGAUCCCCACCCCCAGGAUCUCCACCCUCAGGAUCCCCACCCCAGGAUCUCCACCCUCAGGAUCUCCACCCCAGGAUCUCCACCCUCAGGAUCCCCACCCCAGGAUCUCCACCCCCAGGAUCCCCACCCCCAGGAUCUCCAACCUCAGGAUCUCCAUCCUCAGGAUCUCCCCCCCCCCCCCAGGAUCUCCACCCUCAGGAUCCCCACCCCCAGGAUCUCCACCCUCAGGAUCUCCAUCCUCAGGAUCUCCCCCCCCCCCCCCCCCAGUAUCUCCACCCUCAGGAUCCCAACCCCCAGGAUCUCCACCCUCAGGAUCUCCACCCCAGGAUCUCCACCCUCAGGAUCUCCACCCUCAGGAUCUCCACCCCAGGAUCUCCACCCUCAGGAUCUCCACCCUCAGGAUCCCCACCCCAGGAUCUCCACAAUCAGGAUCCCCGUCCCAGGAUCUCCACCCCAGGAUCCCCACCCUCAGGAUCUCCACCCUCAGGAUCUCCACCCUCAGGAUCCCCACCCCAGGAUCUACACCCUCAGGAUCUCCACCCCAGGAUCUCCACCCUCAGGAUCCCCACCCCAGGAUCUCCACCCCCAGGAUCCCCACCCCCAGGAUCUCCAACCUCAGGAUCUCCAUCCUCAGGAUCUCCCCCCCCAGGAUCUCCACCCUCAGGAUCCCCACCCCAGGAUCUGCACCCUCAGGAUCUCCACCCCAGGAUCCCCACCCUCCGGAUCUCUACCCCCGGAUAUGGGAAGAAGAGUAUCCAUACAAUAA